CGAUGAAGCUGAUUAUGCACCAGAAGGAUUGGAAGACUCGGAAUUCGAAACGCCAUACGAGGGCUUCGACGACGAUGAGCUUCACACUCACGAAGUCAUCUUCAGUACGGGAGAAAAUCCACUAUGGCAACCACAUUGGCAGAUGGGCAUUUACGUCGGACUCGACGGGUACAAACUCAAUGGUAAUGGCAGUUUUGCAAAUAACAACUACAAGGAGAACUAUUUGAUCAACAUGCAGAAAGUCGAAAAGCUCAACAAAGAGCGCGAGAUCAAAAUGCGUGAGAAGAAAGAGAAGAAGAUCUACGAUCGCAAGGUCGCGCGUAUGAAGCAGCAGCGCAUGGGCAUGCAGCAGAACACGACGAUGACAACAACUACUACCACAACAACAACUACCACCACUUAUUCCAAAGCGUUUGGGCUUGGUAUGUCCAACACCGAUAUCGUGGAAGUUGGAACGGCUGGCGCAAGAUACGAAAAUGCGCUAGCUUUCGUGACGUCGAAUAAGAUCACUGUGAAGAACUUUGUACCCUCUGCAAGACUCCAAAUGUUUAAGGCUGCUGCGGCUGCUAUUCAGAAGAAGACAGCAGAUUUCUCCCUCGAGGACGCUAUUAAUAGCUGUUACGAGAAUAACACUCAUGACGUCGUUUCGCACUUGAUGGGCAACGUCUCGUGGGAGCAAUUCUGCAAAGGGUUCUUUUUGCACAAUGGGAAUACGCCGUCGGAUUGGGUAAUGAUAUUGCUGCUUGAGUUCUUUCGUCUGAAAUACAGUACGAGUAUAAUUUGUUUACAUUGUUAUAAUUAUAACUCUUAUGGUUCAUUGAUUUUGUCCCCAUUAUACGACAGGCUGACGCCCACUCGAACAUGGAAAGUAUUGCAGAGGAUUUAAGACUGCAAGCCACGGAAAACGCGGCGAACCCUGAUAAGAUCAACAAACUAGUGGACAUCUUGGAGAAAUUUGGGCAAGCGAUUGGGUCGCCAUUUCAUUGCACGUUCAUCGUAGACGCUUAUCCAACGAUCUUUGGUGGAGCCGGUAAAGCAUCUUGCUUGCGACCGUACCUGGUGCAAGAAUCCAAAGAAGAAAUGACCAUCUUCAUUGAUCGAGUGAAAGCAUGGCGGCCCAGGACACCGUGGAACGCGACGGAGUACGUCGACCGAUACAGUCCGAAAGACACGCAGGUAAUUUCAAUUGUAGCUCUGAGUCUGUUUCUACUAAGUACCACGUAGAGGCUCUGUCGCAGAGCGUAUUAUAAAGACUCUCGAGCUUAUUUCCAAUGCAAUGUUAUGGCUGUAUGGGUGACAGUUAUUUCUAUCCUUGUUCCCCUCACCACAGAUUAUCAGUUCGAUGCUAUCCAAGUUGGCUGCUACGACUUUGAAAGCCAGCGCGGUUGCUGAGCGCAAGACCAUUGUCCAACAGAUUCAAACGGACGCGCUUAUUAAAGAUCCGUCGAUACAGAAGUUGUUUAACGACAAGGUCCAGCAAUGGCUUGCUUCGUUUCAUGGGGUGCAAGCUAUUGAGCAGUUCAAAGCAGCAUGUGAAAAGAGUACUAAUUUAUUAUCUAGCUUUUUCACUGCUGAGCCUGAUCAAGGUAUGUCGUCGUCAAGAGUACAAACGUAGAAACUUUUGCUCAAAGUUAUUCUGAAUUCCAGCAGUGAUCGUGAAUGCCCACUCAAUUCCCACUCCAGAUGACUACGCGACUGCUGACAAGCUGUACAAAAAUGAAUUGGGCAUUUAUGUCACCUACGGCCAAGUUGCUAAUUACAUCCUUCCGGGUCUUGCCGCCAAUAUCUUGGAACUACGCAAGCGCCGAGGACAGGAAACAGGCGAGUCAAUCGGAUGCGUUGAGGGCAACACCAGGAUGCAGGCAGAGUAUCAAGCACUGAAGAACGACCUCAAGAAAUCGCGCGAAGGCCUUUUGCAGGGUGAAGACAAUUUCGAAACAGCUGGCGUCUUGCGAGACUUACAGGAGGACAUGCGAUAUCCGUCGAAGAAAAUUGACCAAGUGGAUGAGUUCCAAGAGGCUGUGGUCGCGAACAUUGAGGAUGAAGAGGUUGGUCCGCGGAAAUUCGACCCGAAGAAGACUGUCACUACCGAAUCGCUCCUCGAGAAAGAGAACUUUCUCAGUGCCAUCAACGACCUCACCUUCGAAGAAGAAGAUCGAAUUAGGAAGGAAACAGAAAGGGAGAUUCUUGAUGGUCAGGUGCAGACCGAAGAGCAAAAGUUGGUCGCUCGCGUGAAAGGCACUAAGAGGAAAAUGAAGAGUAAAGAUGUGAACAAUCAGACGAACUUUUCCUCUUCUUCUUCGAAGGCUGUAGCUGCAGGUGACGGAGAUAAGAAGAACGACAAGAAAAGUAAGAAAGGUAAAAAGCGUCCGUCUAUUCAACUCCACGCUGACGAAGACCUAUUCGGAGAUGAUUCUGAGGUGAAGAAGAUCAAGAAAACUGACAAAGAGAAGAAAAAAGUCCUCGAUGAGAAC